AUCUCUCUGUGUCAUUUACUUUCGCAUGUUCGACUACUUCAUCUACGACGCUCGCCCCUCGCUCCGCAACCUCGGAUCGGACUCGCCGGCGGAGUUGCGGAACACUAGCCACCAACCCUAAAAAAAGAAAAAAAAACUAGCCACCACCACCACGGUGGCCUUCCAAAUAAACACCGACGAAUAAAUCCCCACUGGCCGGCGGCGGCGGCGGCGCGAUUGCGAGAGGAUCGGUUGAUUCCUCUAUCGGUUGAUUGCGGCGGUGGAGGCGAUCCGGGAAAGAAGACGAGUGCGGGUCCAACAAGAAAAGGAGCAUGGCGGCUUAUCCGACCAGACGAGACGACCCCUUGGCGGAGAAGAAGAGGAAGUUGGAUGUGUGGAGCGAAGAGGAAGAGGUCUGGUCGCCUGAUCCGUCCUUGGGCCAUGACUACUCGGCCAAGACGGAGCAGGCCAGACGCGAAGAAGAAUCAGCUCCCCGCCCUGUGAAAAUCCCCACGCUCGAUCACUUCAAGCCCCCGACCCGGUUCCACAUUGCUGAGCUCUUCUCCGUCCGUGAAUCCGGAAGCCAGGCCGUCCUCUCGGCCGCCAAAUUCCUUCUAGGGGUUUCAUCCUCCCUUGAUGGUGAGCCGCUGAGACGGUGCUCCGGCUUCUGGGUCGAUUGGGAUGCGGAGAAGAAAACCGGCCUUGUCUUGACAACUGCACGGCUGAUUCGCACAAAGGACGCUCCUUACAGCGUCUGGACAGGCGGCCAAGAGUAUGCCCCUAAUGCUGAUGUCACUGUUCAUUUGCUAAAUGGCACUAGUGCAAAGGGCGAGCUGGUCUACUAUCAGCCCCAUUACGAUAUCGCUUUCUUGAAUGUUGAGGUGGAUCAACCAAUCAAGUUACCAUCUCUUCGUGAAAAAGAUGUAGAAUUUGCUCAAGAGGUUUUUCAGCUAGGAAGAGACAAUUCCUUAAAUCUAAGGAUAACAUAUGCUAGGGCAGAAUAUCUGAAUCCAAACUUGUUUGAGCGGCACCACAACGUGUACUUUUGUUCUCCAGAUGGCCAUGACGAUGAUAAUAAUGAGUAUGACAAUGGGGGGCUAGUUAUUGACUUGAAUGGAAAAGUUGUUGGAAUGGUCAACGACCCUGAGAGAUUUGGGUCUUUUAUACCUUCUUCCAUUUUGCUCAAUUGUUUCGAUUCAUGGAAGAAAUAUCGGUACAUUGGUCGGCCCCAUCUUGGGAUGAGGUUUGAGGCCAUCAAGCUCCUAGAGCCUGCUCAUGUUGACAUGUUAUGUCGUAUGUAUAACAUUGAUGACGGUCUUGUUGUUAGAGAGGUGUCCAAAGGAUCUAAUGCUGAGAAAUGUGGAAUCCAAAAAGGUGAUCUUAUUGAAUGUAUUAAGGGAAAAUGCAUUUCUACCACAGUUCAGUUGGAAAAUCUGUUGAUGAGCAUAUGCAAACACCCUUCAGAUAAUAAAAAUGGCCGUAAUACUGAAGUUCAUAUUUCUGUUGGGUUGUUUCAAACACUCAAAAAAUGCCGAAGGACCGUAGAGUUGACUGCAACUGUAUCAGACCUUGGAGAAGUUAUUGCAAGAGGUUAAAAAACAAUCUCCUAAUUGUCUGCUUCCUGGGUCUGCCUGGAGGCCUUUUUAGAGUUGGUGGGUGUACUUUGCAACCCGAGUCGACUUUCACCCAGUUGUGUCGUAUCUAGUGAAUCUGUCAUGGAUGGUACUGACCCAGCAUAUGAUUCCCUAAACAUCUCAAUGCUGUAAUAAUUAUCGGCAUGUGCUUGGAUCUCAGCUCCCCUGAUUGAGCAUCUGAAGGCCAAUGCAUGAAGGUAUGUCUUCCGAAAAACUUACCACGCACUGCAUGAACAUGUCUUAUCUUUUAUGUUUAUGACUUGUAGCGUAUCAUGCCCUUGUGAUUCAAGCAUACUUAUCUCUGCUUCAAACUCAUUUCUCCGAGCAACUGUAUGGAUCCCAAUUGUUUUGCUCAAUGCAUUUAGUUGUUUCAUUACACUUAGCAAGAUUCAGCCUUCCAACCUCCUACUUGUUUUUCUCCUCACAUUAAACUUACCCAUAAUGAGCUCUCUGAUGCAGCCCCUUUAGGUCCUUAAUUUGAUUUCUAUUUUUUUUCUAACCAUGCAAAAGGGCUGUGUAUUUUAUAGAAGAAAAAGAAAAGAGGUUUAGUACAUGAAGACCAAGGAAGAAACAGCCUUGACGCGGCCUGCAACAUUUUAACGGCCCAAACUAAACUGAAACAGGCAAUUUGCCAACUUACAACAACUACCAGUUUGCUCUGGCCCUUAACACUGGCCAGACUCCACAAAUUGUAAACCACUGAGCUUAUUAUCCAUGCCCUGAAGAGCUUCUAGUCAAAACAAGAAGUUCUGAAGAGCUGCAGCCUGACAGUUAAAUUCCGAUAGUUUCUUUCCCUCCAGAUUGACCAAGCUCACAGGAAACAUAGGCUAUAAAAAACCUUUUCUCUUGUUUCCUGAAAUUGAAAGGCGAGCAGAGAGCCACCAGUCUUUGAAGCUGUUAUGUUGGGUCCUUCAUUUGAUUGUUAAAACUUUCAGAUAUGUUAUUUAUGAGCUAUUAGCUUCAGAGAACCCACAUCUAUACCAUAAUAUUUUGUGGCCAUUCUAAAAACUACUCCCUCCAUCCCAAAAUAUAAUGUGUAUUAGUUUUUCAAAAGUCAAACAUGUGCAUGUUUAUCAAGUUUUUAGAAAA